UCGGUGUAAAUGGAGCAGACAUUCGUAAAUUCCUUAAAGUAUUAUAGACUUUGCCUACAGUUGAAUUCACAUGGUCAAUGCAGGUAAGGCCUGUGUUGAUAAUAAACCCAAGGUUAGUUACUUUUGACACAAAUUUAAUUGGUUUGCCACCAAUGUGUAACGAUGGAAUAGUUGCUAGGUUAAGACGUUUCUUACAAAUAGGUAAAACAAAACACUUGUCACAAUUAAGACAAAGACCAUUUAACUGUGCCCAGGACCUUAUAGACAUCAGUUCCCUGUUGAAGCUUGCGCACAAAUUAGCUGAGUCCUCCAGAGGACCUGACAUGUAGAGCUGGACAUCGUCCGCAUAGGCAUGCAUGUUGGCGUGCAUAGAAGUCCGAAAUAUAUCAUUAACGAACAAACUAAAUAGUAGUGGUCCUAAGAUUGACCCUUGUGGGACACCCGUGAACAAAGGCCUUUGUUCAGAUAUUUGAGAUCCAACCUUGACACGCUGAGACCUCUCUUUCAGAUAGCUACGCAUCAGUUUUACUGCUGACUCUCUAAACCCAAAGUAGUUUUUUAAUUUAAAGCACAGUAGUUCAUGGCUAACUGAAUCAAAGGCUUUAGAGAAGUCCAGCAAGCAUAGUAGUGUUAAGUGGUUCUUGUCGAACAGUAUUCUAAUGUCAUCAAGUAUCUUUACCAUUGCAGUAGAGCAGCUGUGAUGGGGUCUGAAUCCGGAUUGAAAUGGGGAUAUAAGGUUGAAUUUACCGAUGUGGGAAGAGAUUUGUUCAGAUAACAAAGAUUCGAAAACUUUAGACAAGGCUGGUAGUAUGCUGAUGGGUCGGAAAUCACUAGGGCUGGAUGCGGAUUUAUUUUUGGCUACAGGAAGCACAGUAGCAAUCUUCCAGGCAUCGGGAAAACAGGACGUGGUGAGACUAUGGUUUAUUAUGUGUGUCAAGGUUGGCAAAAUAAUCGGUAAGAUUACCUUCACAAAUCUAAUCGGAAUGCCGUCCUCCCCGAUUGCGUUGGACCUGAUCUUAAAAACAGAUUUCACCACAUCAAUCUCGCUCACAGCAAUGAACUCAAACUUUUCGCCAGCAAAAGAGACCGGGCAGGAGGCUACAGAGUUGGUCGUAAGGGGACAAGAUGAAGGCGGAGAAGCAAAGGCAACGCUAAGCGUUUCAGGACUCAACGAGCAUUCUGAUUUCUCACUGGCAUGGACGCGGAGUGUUCUCAGAUUUCGCCACAAUACAUUAUUAGGCAGUGAGGGAUCCAGCUUAUUCAUAAAGAAUUUUUUCUUUUCACGUCUUAUAACCGAGGACCACACCAUUAAACCAACGGCAGGAAGAAGACCUGUCACAGGUUCGGGUAGGGACAUGAGUGAGGAGCGAAUUGAAUAUAUUUUCGUUUAGGAAACGGAGCUUCUCAUUGACCGUGCUGAGACCCCAGCAAACAGACCAAUCGAUCUGCAAGAGGCUACUGAAAAGGUUGUUGACAUCUAAGGAACGGUAGUCAAAGAAGUUAAAUACAUAGGUAUUGUCGUCAUAGUGAUCAAGUUUAACGUCAAAAGAACAAAAUAUCAAGUCAUGAUCAGAUAUAAAAGAUGUUUGGUCAAAUUUCAAAACAAUAGAAGGAUCAGAUACAGCAAAGUAAUCUAAUAAGCUGGGACAGCAAUUGCUACCAUAUCUUGUGGGCACCGACAAAUUAACCAUAGACAACCCAACACAGGAGAUAUCAUCUAUUAAACGAGCACUGGUAGAAUCAGGACAUAACAGGUUCACAUUAAAAUCACCACAAAGAAUUAUAUGGUCAUAAUCUACAGAAACAGUGGACAGAAAAUUAAAAAAGUCACAUAGGCUGAAAUACUUAUAGGGAUUAUACACACAAGACAAUAGGAUUUUGGACGAGGGGCUAGACAUUUCGACAGACAGGUACUCCACGCAGCUUCUUUCUGAAUGUGACUGCGAAACCUGUUUGGUUUUUAGGUGCUUUUUGCAGUAAAUAGCAACUCCACCACCUUUUCUAUCUACCCUAUCAGAACGAAACAACUUAUAACCAUUAAUAUCAUAAUGGACACUGCUUACAUUGUACCUGAACCACGUCUCAGAUACACAUAUAACAUCGACUGGAGACAAUUCAAAAGUGUUCCUUACUAUAUCCAUUUUCUCAGAAUUAAGACUGCGCGCAUUAAAAUGAACAAUGUUCAAACCCGUUUGUUGACCGCACAUGAUGUUCACCAUUGCACGACUACAAUUGUCAAUGUUAGCCGUUUUGCUGCUGGGUACAACCAUGAUAUUUUACGCGUAUAAACAAAAGCAACUUUAAAGCAUAAGGGAUAACAAUAUUAAGAACAAACAAACAUAAACUGAGAUGUGCCAACUUUACAACAAUGAAUACAUAACAGAGGG